AUGCAGCACCGCGGGACAUCGCUCCUUCUUUUUUGGCUCGUGUGGGGCCACUCGUGUGCGUCCGCGGGAAAAGUCAACAAGCACAAGCCUUGGAUAGAGACAUCGUACCAUGGAGUGAUCACAGAAAACAUGGACACAGUACUGCUGGACCCUCCUUUAGUGGCUCUGGACAAGGACGCCCCGGUCCCAUUCGCAGGGGAGAUUUGUGCCUUCAAGAUCUUCGGCCAGGAUGUCCCAUUUGAGGCAGUGGUUCUUAAUCGGACUUCUGGAGAGGGGGUGCUCCGAGCCAGUGGUCAGGUGGACUGUGAGCUCCAGAAAGAGUACACCUUCAUUAUACAGGCCUAUGACUGCGGGGCGGGGCCAGAUGGGGCAGACUGGAAGAAGUCACACAAAGCGGUGGUGCAUGUUCAAGUUGAUGACGUCAAUGAGUUCAGUCCUACGUUUCGAGAGCAGCAGUACAAAGCAUCUGUGACUGAAGGAAAGAUCUAUGACAGCAUUCUGCAGGUGGAAGCCUGGGACCAGGACUGCUCUCCACAGUACAGUCAGAUCUGCAACUAUGAGAUUGUAACUGCUGGGACACCAUUUGCCAUCGACCGUAAUGGUAACAUCCGAAACACCGAGCGCUUGAGCUACGAUAAACAACAGAGCUACAAAAUCAUGGUGGCGGCGUUUGACUGCGGUCAGAAGAGAGCCGCUGAAGAUGUGGCUGUGCAUAUUGAUGUGAAACCAGUGUGCAAACCUGGAUGGCAAGGUUGGACCAGACGAGUGGACUAUGAGCCAGGGACGGGAAGCAAGCAGCUGUUUCCCAAGAUGCACUUGGAAAUGUGCGGAGGCCCCCUGUCUGGUGUGAAGGCAAUGGUGGAGCUACAGACAAACCACAUUGGAAAAGGCUGUGACCGUGAGACAUACUCCGAGAAGUCUCUGCAAAAACUAUGUGGUGCAGCCUCUGGCAGCACUGACCUUCUCCCCGCCCCCAGCCCCUCUUCUAAUUGGACGGCCUCCCUGCUGACCGACAGUGGGCGGGACAGUGACCUGAUCUACAAGUUUGAUGGGCGCCAGGCUGCUAACAUCCCAGGACACAUCGUACCCCAAAACCUGACCGAUCAGUUCACCAUAGCAACCUGGAUGAAGCACGGGCCCAGUCCUGGACUCAGAGCGGAGAAGGAGACGCUACUGUGUAACUCUGACAAGACAGAGAUGAACCGGCACCAUUAUUCACUGUAUGUCCACAACUGCAGACUGGUUUUCCUGCUUCGAAGGGACUUCUCUCAGGUUGACACUUUCAGACCAGCCGAGUUUCACUGGAAACUAGAGCAGAUAUGUGACAAGGAAUGGCACUACUAUGUAAUCAACGUGGAGUUCCCAGCCGUGACGCUGUUUGUGGAUGGCGUGACCUUUGAACCCUACCUGGUGACAGACGACUGGCCCAUCCACGCUUCAAACAUUGACACACAGCUGACAGUGGGCGCCUGCUGGCAGGGGGGAGAGGUAGCGACCCCACGCUUCACCCAGUAUUUCCAUGGCAGCCUGUCAGGUCUGACAAUCCGACCAGGCCGCAUUGAGACGCAGAAGGUUAUCUCCUGUCUACAGGCCUGCAAAGAGGGCCUGGAUAUCAACUCCCUGGAAAGUCUGGCUAAGGACAUCAAGUUUCACUUUAAUCCUGCUCAGUCGGUGCUGGUGGUGGAAGGAGAGGAUUUGGACAGCAUCAACACAGCCAUGACCAAAGUGUCCUACAUCAACUCAAGACAGUUCCCCACUCCGGGCAUCCGAAAACUGCACAUCACCACCACAGUGCAGUGCUUUGGUGAAGACUCUUGCCUGUCCAUCCCCGACGUGAAGGCCGUCGUCAUGGUGAUGGCUCCCAGUGAACCGCGGAUCACCAUCUCCGGCUCAAACCGCCUCGUGCGACCGGCCAGUGACCUGCGGGCGCCGCUCGGGGUGGCCCUCUUCAAAGAGAUCCACCUCACCAGCACCGUGAUCAGAGGGGACAGCCUGGGCGGGAUGCACAGACCAGGUGUGACCGAGCUCAUGCAUAACCUGGACUACUGCGACGUGCUGCUAAUUGGUGACGAAUUAAACCCCGAAAGAGAGAGUCUAGAGAUACAUCACAGCGCCUUGUUAGGAAAACACCUGGAUGCCACCAACUCCACCUCGGGGAUAUCAAUAUACGGUGUGGAUUCAAUGGCACAUUACGAGCAGGCGCUAAGACAGAUCAAGUACAGAAACUGGAGACCGGCCACUCUGAGUGAGAGGAAGUUCAGAGUCACCUGCUCCGAGCUCAAUGGACGAUACACCAGCAAUGAGUUCAACCUGGAGAUGAGUCUGCUGCACCACUCUGCUGCCCCCGUGGAGCAUGUAAACCACAUGGCUGCCUCGUCCCAGUUUUUGAGACCAGUGCAUCACCCACUGAUGAUCCACUCUCUCAACUCACACAUGACAGGGCCAGCCCCUCCGGCGGCCACAGUGAUUAUAGUGGUUUGUAUCGCCGCCCUGGUGGUGAUUGUGGUCAUUGGCGUGUACAGAAUUCAUGCCACUCAUCAGGAGGGCUCCAGAGAGGACGAGGAUGAGCCCAAAGACUGUGACAUGGACUGGGACAACUCUGGCCUCACCAUCACUGUCAACCCCAUGGAGAACAUCAGUGGAGCUCAGGCAGUUGCUGAAGAGGCGAAGGAAGAGAGUGAGGAAGAGGAGGAGCAGGUGGGGGGGCUGACCUGCACUGACUCAGACAACACUGACGAGGAGGACGAAGAGGAGACAAACCGGGUCACAAAACUGGAGUGGGACAGUUGCUCUGGGACCUACUGAGCACAACCACAACCAUACACAAUCUGUUGCUGGAAAAGAUGCAGAACAUGUACACCUAGAACUUCUGAUGCAAGGUCUCCCUCUGUUGGACAAACUCAGAA